UUCCCCGCCCCCUAGGCUGAGGUGUGGGGCCGGAGGUGCGGGCAGUUAGGUUCUGUAGGUUCCUCUCCGCGGGCGUGGGGUGGUGUUCGAAGCCUCCAGAACGCGUCCCGGCAGGAUUUGAGGAGAGGGGGCGGGGAGGGGCUGGCGCCCCGCCCCCUUCUCCGGCUCGCGGGCGGGCGAGCGCGCUGGACCGCCCGCUCCCUCUCCCGGCCCUGGGGCCGCGUCCCCUAGGCAACUCCGCUGCCUCGGCCUGAGCUUCUGCCGGCAGGUGUCGGCGGCGAGGCCCCCCCUCCCCCCCACCACCGGGCACAGCCCGGUUCGUCCCCAUGGUGGGCUUCGGGGCCAACCGGCGGGCCGGCCGCCUGCCCUCCUUCGUGCUGGUGGUGCUGCUGGUGGUGAUCGCGAUCCUCGCCUUCAACUACUGGAGCAUCUCCUCCCGCCACGUCCUGCUUCAGGAGGAGGUGGCCGAGCUGCAGGGCCAGGUCCAGCGCACCGAGGUGGCCCGCGGGCGCCUGGAGAAGCGCAAUUCAGACCUCCUGCUUUUGGUGGACUCGCACAAGAAGCAGAUGGACCAGAAGGAGGCCGACUACGGCCGUCUCAGCAGCCGGCUGCAGGCCAGGGAGGGCCUGGGGAAGAGAUGCGAGGAUGACAAGGUUAAACUACAGAGCAACAUAUCAUAUCAGAUGGCAGACAUACAUCAUUUAAAGGAGCAACUUGCUGAGCUUCGUCAGGAAUUUCUUCGACAAGAAGACCAGCUUCAGGACUAUCGGAAGAACAAUACUUACCUUGUGAAGAGGUUAGAAUAUGAGAGUUUUCAGUGUGGACAACAAAUCAAGGAAUUAAGAGCACAGCAUGAAGAAAAUAUUAAGAAGUUAGCAGACCAGUUUUUGCAGGAACAAAAGCAAGAGGCCCCCAAGUUGGAAUUAAAAGAUGGAAAUGAAUUGGGUAUAAACAAUCAUGCAGUACCUAAAAAUGUUCCAAAAGUAGGUGAGAAGGCUGAAGAGAAGAAUGAAGAACCCUCAAACAACCAUAUUGCACAUGGGAAAGAACAAAUCAAACCAGGUGGUGAUGCAGGAAUGCCUGGAAUAGAGGAGAAUGACCUUGCAAAAGUUGAAGAACUUCCCAUUGUUUUAAAGAAACCCCCUAUUUCUAUUUCUCAAUAUGGUAGUCAUCAAGCAAUCUCCCAUCAUCCAACUGGACAACCUCUCUCUCCUAAUAUGGUUCCAGAUUCUCAUGUAAAUCAUAAUGGAAACCCUGGAACUUCAAAACAGAACCCUCCCAAUCUUCUUCAGCGUUUAAUUCCAGGCCCAAACUUGGAGAGUGAACCCAGAAUUCAAGGUGAUAUACUGAAGCAGGCUCCCAAGGAUAGAGCCGGUGAUUUCCAUAAGUUAAAGCAAAGCCGAUUCUUUGAUGAGAAUGAAUCCCCUGUUGAUCCGCAGCAUGGCUCUAAACUGGCGGAUUAUAAUGGGGAUGAUGGUAACGUAGGUGAGUAUGAGGCAGACAAGCAGGCUGAGCUGGCUUACAAUGAGGAAGAAGAUGGUGAUGGUGGAGAGGAAGACGUCCAAGAUGAUGAAGAACGAGAACUUCAAAUGGAUCCUGCAGACUAUGGAAAACGUUUAAAUGAUGUCCUUUAAAACCUAAAGGAAACUUUAGAAAACCUAAAGUGCUGUAAAAUGGAAUCAUUUCUACUUUGUCCUUUUUGACUUUUGUUGUAAAGAUCAGUUGUAUCAGUUAUAAAGAUACAGUGAGUUAAACUUAAGGAAAAAUUUAAUGAAGGAAUGUACCCAUGUACAUAUGUGCACUUUGUCAUAUUGUAUUAUUAAUGCAGAGACCUUUUUGGUUGUAUUACAGUUGAGCCAAAAACAAAGUAAACAAACUGUAGUCUUUGCGUUUAAAGCAAACUAAUAUAUAUUUUACAUUUUAUUGAGCCUAAUUCUUUACUCAAAUGGACAAACAGGAAAAAAUGGUUGUACAGUUUAUAUAAGUUGCACAUAACAUAACCACAGUGAGAAUAGUUAAUUCUUCAGCUUAAAAACUUUUUAUGCACUUAUUCUUGUUAACCCAACUGGUGUUCUGUUCCCACCCCUUAUCACAUGCUCUUCCGGGAAUUAUACCUACAAUAGUUAGAUAAAAAACAGGAACCUAGAAGCCAAACACUGGGCACCAUGUGUACAAAAUCACUUCCCUACUCCUUUUAUUUUACACUAGAGGCCUAGUACAUGAAAUUCAGAACUCGAGGAGGGGGUCCCUCAGCCCAGCUUGUGCCCUCUCGCAGUCCGGGAGUCCUUGGGGGAUGUCCGACAGCGGAGGCAGGAGAGGCACCCGCCACCGCUGUGGCGCUCGCCAGCUGUGAGCCCGGCUUCUGUCUGAGUGGAGCUCCCCCUGUUGUGGGAGUUCAUGGACCACCAGGGGGCAGCUCCUGCAUUGAGCGUCUUGCCCCCUGGUGGUCAGUGCACAUCAUAGCAACCAGUUGUUCUGCUGUUUGGUCAAUUUGCAUAUUAGCCUUUUAUUAUAUAGGAUGAGUGGUGGUGUGUUUUGGCAGGUAAGCUUUCAGGUGAGGCCUGGUGAAAGUUGAGAUAACCUGCAAAGACAUAAUAAUAUUUAUGAGUUAUACUUUACUUAGUUCAUGAACUUGUGAAAUGCAUGAUUGACAAUAUUUUUUUUUUCACAUAAUACCAGUACUGUUGAACUAUAAUCAGGACUGGCUAAAAUUUUUAAAUUUUCAGAGUUCAAGUUAGUGAAUAUAUUCAUGAUUUAAAUGCCAUAUUCUAAAAGAGGUUAAGUCAACUUUGAAUUGAAUCUGCAAUCAGUAUUUCAAAGCUUCUCUGGUAGUUUUAGUGAUAUUAUUUGACUAGACUUUUUCUGAAUUACUAAAUAAGGACUUUUAACAGAUUUUUAUUAUUGCACAGAUAAAUAGAAGUACAGUGAGGCCUACAGCCAUUUUAUUAAAGUAGCUUAAAAGUUUGUAAUAAAGAUGAAUCUUUGUAAUUAAUUAAAUGUUAGUUAAGAACCCAUAAACCUCAUAUUUGCUAAUUUUACAAAAUUAUUUUAAAUGCAUUUGUCUUUUUUUGACGCUUUUCAGUAGAAUAUGUAGCUAAUUCUUGUUUCCUGAGUUAAAACACUUCUAAAUCUAACCCUUCCACCCCCAAAAUAAAAAGUUUUGAUCAUAAGGAGAAAUUUAGGGAUGCUAACUUAACUUUGUGUUUCAGAAGGGUUACUGGUAAUUGCACAUAAACAUUAAAUGCUUUCUUCCCCCUGUACUCAGGUUCUAGCCAAAAUUCACAUUUAUAGAGAUUUUUUUUUUUAAAGAAAAGGUUAUCACUUAUUGGAGGUACAAAAAUUAUUAAACUUGGGUUCAGAAAUUAUUAAGUAACUAGGACAAGAUAUAGUGAUUUACUAAAAUUGUUUUUUCUACCAUAUCAAAGUAAGCAGUUCAUGCCUUUGCUAUGAGUAGAGUCAGGAUUAUAAAUGAAUUGGUAUGAUAGUUCAUGGAUUUUUUUAAAAAUGGAGUUAAAGGGAAUUAAUGUAUAACUUCUAGGUGUUAGAGUGGGAAGAUGAAUCUAAAACAUACUCCUAGAAAUACUUUGUUUAAUACUGUAAAAUUUUUGCAAAUGAAAACAGUGAAAUUUUCUGCCUUAGUUAUUUUGUCAUAAAAACAAUUAUUUGGUUGUAAGAUAGUUGUUACUUACACUGCAAAAUUUCUUCAGUUAGCAGUCUAUACAUUUUAUAAAAUGAGAAAUCUUGAACCAAUUGGUAAUAUUUCCAACUGUAUUCACAUUUAAACGCUAUAAAAUACCAUGUGAAUCUCUUAAAAUUCUGACAUUCUACAGUCUGUAUUAGACAUGCUGAUUUUAUAAUAUUUUACUUCUGCCUUAAGAUUUAGGUUUUUUAAAUGUAUUUUUGCCCUGAAUUAAGUGUUAAUUUGAUGAAAACUGCUUUUGAAAUCAUCACUGGGUUCUAAUAAAUUAAAAAUUAAACUUGUUUUA